AAAUCAAAGAUGGAAAUCAUGUUCAAUACCAGCAAGAACUUUGUGCUCCUUGGCAUUGAGGAGAUGGAAAGGUUUAAAUAUCUUUAUUGUUCACUUUUCUUCAUAAUUUACUUCUUCAUUUUGUUGUUUAGCUGCACAAUCAUCUUUGUGGUGGUGUUUGAUGAAAGCCUUCAUGAGCCCAUGUACACUCUCAUAGCCAUCCUUCUGCUCAACGGGAUAUAUGGGAGCUCGUGUUUCUACCCGAAACUGAUCAUUGACUUGUUAUUAUCAUCCAAAGAAAUUUCACGUAUCGGCUGUUUGGCCCAGACUUUCAGUGUGGUGCUAUUUGCUUACUGUGAAAUCUCCACAUUCACCAUCAUGGCUCAUGACACCUACUUAGCAGUUGGCCACCCAUUGAGAUACCCAACUCUAAUGACAAAUUCAUUGGUUUUGAAAUUAAUCAUGGGAUCUUUGAUCUUCAAUACCAUCUUAGUUUUGCCUAAUUCAUUACUUUCAUCAAGACUUCCACUUUGCGGGUCUCACAUUAACAACAUAAUUUGUGAUAACAUGUCUAUCCUUGUUCUCUCCUGUGUAGAUACUUCUGUCAACAAGUUGUUUGGAGCAGUUAGUUUUGUAGUUGAUUUAAUUUUCAUGGCACUGCUCAUAGCCCAUUCCUACCUCCGGAUAUUCCUGAUCUGCCUCAAGAUUUCAAAAGACGCUUGUAAGAAAGCCAUUCACACCCUGGUGACCCACCUACUCAAUUUCUCAAUUUUCAUGGUAGGGGUUCUAUUUUUAUUUGUUCGUUACAGACUGGAGAACACUUACCUCCCUCUUGCCUACCAUAUUCUUCUAUCUGUAAUAAGCUUUAUAUUUCCGCCUCUUCUUACCCCUGUAAUAUAUGGAAUGAGGAUGCAAACCCUUAAAAUUAAAGUCAUUCAUCACCUCCGAAAUGCAAAGCAGAGUGUAUUUGCAAACUGA